CACAACUUCCCCAAAAUACCCCCACACACUCUCACUCUUUUGCCGCACACAGAAAUCCAUCUUUUUUUUGCCUCCGUCGUUAUGGAGAACAAGGACGAUAACUCCGGCCGUCGCCACGGCGAGAGGCAGUCGCCGACGCAGCGGAGCUUGAAGAGAAAGCUCGACGAGGAUGUGGACGGCGAUCGGUCGCAUCAGGAUUCUUGUCCAGAUGCUGUUUGCGAAGUUCGUUCUCAAGUCGAGAUCCUUGAUUCUGUUCCCUCAGGGAAAGAUCGGCUGGCAGUGAAAAAGGCUAUCGAUGUUCUGUCCGGCCUCGCCAGUAAUGAAGAGAUGGUGGAUAUGAUUGUGGAUUGUGGGGCAGUUCCAGCUCUGAUCAGACAUCUGCAGAGUCCACGGCCGUCCGUGGAGAAAGAUGUUGGCCUUUUGGCGUACGAGCAUGAAGUGGAGAAAGCAAGCGCGCUCACACUUGGACUUCUUGCCAUUAAACUCGAGCAUCAGCAGCACAUUGUUGAUGCGGGUGCUCUGCCCUAUCUUGUGGAUCUUUUGAAGAGAUUUAGAUGCCGUUCAGAAUCUCGGGCAAUAAGUGGUGUUAUUAAGGAAGCAGCUGAUGCCAUCACAAACCUUGCUCAGGAGAAUGGCAACAUUAAAAACUGUGUUAGAGUUGAGGGUGGCAUCCCACUUCUGGUUGGAUUGCUUGAAUUUGCUGACUCAGAGGUGCAAAACGCUGCAGCUGGAGCCCUUCGAACCCUUGCUUUUAAAAAUAAUGAGAACAAAAAUCAGAUUGUGGAAUGCAAUGCUCUGCCGACUCUUAUACUAAUGAUGCAUUCAGAGGAUACUGCUAUACAUUAUGAAGUGGUUGGGCUCAUUGGGAAUUUGGUCCACUCAUCUCCAAACAUCAAGAGAGAAGUUCUUGCUGCUGGAGCUUUGCAACCUGUCAUUGCACUACUCAGCUCCUCCUGUUCUGAGAUCCAAAGAGAAGCUGCUUUGUUGAUUGGACAAUUUGCUGCAACAGAUUCAGACUGUAAGGUGCACAUAGUUCAAAGAGGUGCUUUGCCGCCACUAGUGGAAAUGCUCCAAUCACCUGAUAAUCAAUUGAAGGAAAUGUCAGUCUUUGCCCUGGGGAGGUUAGCACAGGAUACCCACAAUCAAGUUGGUAUGGUGCAAAGUGGUGCAAUAGUGCCCUUACUGGAGCUUCUUGAGUCCAAAAUUGUAUUUCUCCAACACAAUGCUGCAUUUGUUCUUUUUGGGCUUGCGGAGAAUGAAGAUAAUGUUGCAGAUCUAGUUAGAUUGGGAGUUGUUCAGAAACUUCAAGAUGGUGAAUUUAUUGUCCAAGCUACUAAAGAUUGCGUAGUCCAAACAUUGCAGAGACUUGAAGAGAAGAUUCAUGGAAGGAGCCAUGUAGCUUUGGCUCUAGCGCACCUUUGUUCAUCAGAUGACCAGAGGUCCAUCUUCAUUGAUAACAAUGGACUAGAUUUGCUUCUGGAGCUCCUUGUGUCAACCAACUCAAAACAUCAAAGAGAUAGUUCUAUGGCUUUAUGCAGAUUAGCUAAUAAAUCCAAGUCACUCUCUCCAAUUGAUACAGCUCCCCCUUCCCCAAUUCCUCAGGUUUAUCUGGGGGAGCAGUUUGUGAAUAAUCCUACAUUGUCCGACGUGACAUUUUUGGUUGAAGGAAAACAGUUCUAUGCACACAGAAUUUGUCUGCUAGCUUCUUGUGAUGCAUUCAGGGCAAUGUUUGAUGGUGGUUAUCGGGAAAGAGAUGCUAAGGACGUUGAAAUUCCUUAUAUUAGAUGGGAUAUUUUUAAGUUGAUGAUGAGAUACAUUUACACAGGGUCUGUUGAUGUCAGCUUAGACAUUGCCCAGGAGCUUCUAAUGGCUGCUGAUCAGUAUCUGUUACAAGGUCUAAAACAUCUAUGUGAAUAUGCCAUUGCACAGGAUAUAUCUGUGGAAAACGUGUCUAUAAUGAUUGAGUUGUCGGAGGCAUAUAAUGCUCUCUCCUUGAGGCAUGCUUGCAUCUUAUUUAUCCUUGAAAAGUUUGACAAUUUAUGCAACAUGCACUGGUAUCCUUUGCUUAUCCAAGGAGUCUUGCCCGAGAUCCGAAGCUAUUUUGUUAGACUUCUGAUUAGGCCAAUUAGUGCCCAAUGAACGUACCUUGAUUAGGGAGGUUUUUAAGAAGUUUUUAUGCCAUCUCUGUGUAAAGUAUUGAUGAUAUGCCAGUGAAUGUAAAGGAAUUUGAUUCAUUUUUUGGUCAUUGAGAAGGAAGGUUUUUUGGUUGGACUUGGACAUAAACGAGCCUAUUUUUAGUCAUUAAUCUUUGCUUGAAAAGCUG